AUGAAGACUUGUGGAGCUCUACUGGUGCUGCCGUGCUGCUGUUUGGCUGAGACACAGCUUACAGGAGACACCAUCAGUGACAAUGACAUCACUCACCAGGGCCACUAUGGUGAAGCAGAGACCAGAGAAAAUGAGGGAGACAGAACUGAAACUGCAGCCACAGUCUGCAACCAGCAAACCUGCCAGCCUGACAUCCACACUCUGCUGAUAGAGAUGAGCGCUCUGGUGGCGGAGCAGAGAGUGGAGCUCAGAUACACCAAGACACAAAUGGACGCCAUUGAGGCCAGACUGAGAGCCAGUGAGAAGACGGUAGAGGAGCAGAGAGAACAGCUAAAGCAGCUUAUGAGUGACAACGAAGGAAGAAAAAUUGCUUUUGCAGUCUCCCUGGAGAUAGACACAAACAGAUACACGGGGCCCUUCAAUACUGGGGCAACCCUGGUCUACAAACACGUCAUCACCAACUUAGGCAAUUUAUACAACCUCCACACAGGAUUCUUCACAGCACCGGUGAAGGGAGUUUAUGAUUUUAAUUUUUACGUCUAUGGAGAUGGCGGCCCUAUUUCAAUUGGAGCUCAACUCCGUAGGAACAGGGAGAGGCUUGUGACAGCGUACACUGGUGGAGACGAUCAUUCCAUAAAUGCCUCAAACGGUGUGAGUCUGCUACUGGAGGUGGGAGAUGUGGUGGAUAUAUACCUGCCUGCCAAUCAGAGGAUAAUAGACAACGCACACCAUCACAGCACCUUCAGAGGACACCUGCUAUUCCAGGUCUAACUCACACACACACACUGCAGGCAGUCAGCUGACCAUUUAGGAAGUGUUGUUGAACCAAGAGA